GAUCCCUACCUUUCCUCACCUUCAUUCAUAUGGACUACUCAUCUUUCAAGAGAUAAACCAUCCGCUUCAGUGUAGUUGGCUAGUCGCUCCACCAUUUUCAGUAUUCAAAACAAUCAAUCACCAUGCAAGCUAUUGGCUGUCUUCCAUUUCAUCUAAUCUUAUAUCACCACCCUCACACCAUCCCAUCGUCGGCAGCCAAUCUUCAGGUCCCUGCUUUUUCUUCUCCGGUUUAUUGUUGUCAAUUUCCACGUCUUGCCUCUCUGAGUCAAAAGAAUGAGUCCAAAAAAAUGGUUUAGGACGAUAAUCAGACUGAAGAAAAAGGAAAACAAAUCAAAACAACAAGAAAAGGUGGAAUCUAGUGUUGAAACGGCAGAUGAGUCAAACAACAUCCCCGUUGAAGCUCCAGCGUUAAAUCGAGCAGUUCCAACAAGGUUGAUUGAAGAUAUUGCUGCUACUCGCAUUCAAAAUGCAUUUCGUUCAUUCAUGGCAAGGAGAUCUCCAAAAUCUAAUUUUAAUAAUCUGAGGGGAACCGAGAAAUUUGAAGCUUUGAUUCAAGAUCACCUGGCGAGAGAGCAAACAGCAACUGCACUAAGCUACAUACAUUCAUGGUGUAGAAUACAGGACCAAAUUAGAGCCCGCAGACUCUGUAUGGUAACAGAAGCCAAGAUCAAGCAAAAAAAGCUAGAAAACCAGUUGAAGCUGGAGGCCAAGCUUCAUGAACUCGAGGUGGAAUGGAACUGUGGGUCUGAAACAAUGGAGGAGAUACUUUCCAGGAUACAACAGAGAGAAGAAGCAGCCGUGAAACGAGAGCGAGCCAUGGCAUAUGCAUUCUCUCAUCAGUGGAGACCCAACUGCAGCCAAUAUAUUGGGCAAGCUUCUUUCAAUCUUGGCAAAGAAAGCUGGGGUUGGAGCUGGAUGGAGCGAUGGGUGGCAGCUCGCCCAUGGGAAAUUCGGAUUCGGGUUCAGGCCCCUAAAGCAAAGAAGCCCAAUGGACAGAACCGGACCAAAUCAGACAAGGUAACAACAACAACAGACCAGACAGAUAGUAGCACACCAGUUAUGGCUAAUGGGAAUGAAACUGGGAAAGCAAAGGAAAAUACUACAGGCUUGUCCAAGAACAGUCUGUCCAAGUAGUUUGCGCUGUUUGAGGUGGCAAAAAUCAAGGGUUGAUGGCUUUCCAAACCUGGGACAGAUCAAAAUGGCUUGAAAUGUUGGUCGGGUGUUCAUUUUGCACUUUUUAUUAUCAAUUUUGGAAUUGUGGCUUGGUGAGAAUCUGAUAUUCAGUGUGUAUAUUAGUGUUAGAAGACUUAUUUCUUCAGUGUUUUGCAUAUAACUAGAAUGUGUUUAGUUUUGCAUCUCCCUAGUGAUUCCUGGCUCUAGCUUGAAUACAAUUUACCAUCCUCUGCAUUUCAGGUCUAUCUUCA